AUGUCCUUUCGGGGAGUUGGAUCGCGAAAAUCUGGUAUAUGUCACGAAGAGACUGGACCUUACCGUGGUGUGACGGUUUGCGCACCUCAGCGAUCCAUUGAGCUAUACUGGAGAGUGUCUCGCGACAAUCACAGAGUCUCUCACACCAGGUUGGGCAGGGGGUGGUUUGUGCUAAGUCACCGGGCGGAAGUAUCCUUACUUGACUGGAUACCUGUUGAUAGUCGCCUCUGUGCGGUUCGUCUGGCAACCUCUGUGAAGGAGUCUCACAAGCGGCAAGUUGAUAGAUGUCUGUUUAUCGUAACGAAAUCUUCAAUAAAGACUCCAAAAUUUCGUCACCUUGUCAACAAUGAUGACAGUGUAAAAAUGCGAGUUUUGGACUCCGAAACUGAAUCUGUUGUCCCAGUGUUCAAAUAUGUCAGUGUCGACUAUCCUUCACAAGUUCAUCACCUGCCAAUUUUGUUUCACCUGGAGCAUUCGGUCCCUAUAUCCACAUACAUCGGGGUGUGUAUGGUGAGCUCUCCAAAAGCUUCGCUAAAAGAAAUGGUGUCCGGAAAGGAUGUCCACUGUCUCCAUUCUCAUCCAACUUCGUCUUUGAUGAAAUAA